CUUCAACUUGUUUUCUCUCAAGCAGCCUACAAGAAUUUCCCUUCUUUGACCCUUGGUGAUAAAUAUUUCCAUCCCUUUAGUCUUAUUCUUUCCAUUUCGCCUCGUUACUCGGCUGCAGGUUGCUAUAAUGAUUUGACACCGUGUGAUCCCAUGCUGGGAGGCGAAACCUCCUCCACACAACCUGCCCCACCUCUCUCUCCACAUCGAAACUCUGCGCCCGGUAUCACCGCCUUGCUAGUGGCAGCCACUUCGGCACUCGGACCCACCGCUUUCGCUGCCUCCUCCUCAUCCAUCCGUUCGGCUUCCUGUUACUCCUCCUUGUCAAACGCAAACCUCAACAGUGGUUACAUCAACAGUACCAACUUCCAUGCUAACCCCUGCAGGAGCAACAGCCAAGCCGGGCUCUCGACGGUAGGCGAGUCUGGAGCCGCAAACGCGACAUCAGCUCAGAUGCCGACCAGUAGCCGAUGGACGUCAGGCCGUUUGAGCGCCAGCAGUGGGGUCAGUUCUCCACCGGUCGUCGCGGCGAACCUUCCUGGACCGUCCGGCUCUGCUACUUUAGCCGUUGCCGGUACCAUAGCCACUGCCUUCAACGGCAGUGGCAGUGGUGGUACUUCAUUCUGGUCUUCCGUCAAGCCCAGCUCAGGAGGUACCGGAAGUGGCGGAUGCGGGGGUGGCAGUAUGAGUGGCGUUAAUGGACACACCAUGAAUCUGCCUGCAAAGCAGAGUCUACUGACACUUUGCCCGGGCUGCCUGGCCGGUGGGAGUGAGUCACGCAAGCCGUUAUCAUCUGUAGGCCAGGCUGUCUAUGCUUUUGAGACCAGAUCAGGCAGCCUCCCAAUGGCGACAGUUGCUCUUGACCAGUCUCCAACAUGUGUGCAAUACAAUCAGCAACAGCAACAGCAAAAUCAGCCUCAUCAUCAUCACCAAAGCCAGCCACAGCAACAGCAGCCCAUGCCCCUACAUGCGCCUCAACAACAACAACAGCAACAACAACAGAGUCAGCAAAUGUGUCAUUCAUCCGAUUACGGCAGCUUGGACUUUCGGCUUAUCUGGGAACCAAAAGGCAGUCAACCAAUGGUCAUCUGGCUGGUAGCCUCGACCUUGCAGGAAAAGGCGGCAUGGUGUUCCGAUAUUAGUCAGGCAACCAUGGUGGUGUCAGGUACAACUGACUAA